AUGUCUUCGAAUCCUGCUUCGAAUCAGUCUGGUCCAAGUGCACCACCAGCUGAGCCCUUCAAGGCCUUCCAGCAACUAAUCAGUUACCUGGACCGGCAUAAAUUGUCCAGCCUGAUCCUUCUCGGCUUCAUCUAUCCUAUCCUCGGACGGUUCGCCCAUGGUCCCACGACCACGCCCCCCAGUGGUUCGCAAUAUGUCGGAACAUACGACUUGAUAUUCACUUCAGUUCUUGGAAUAGUUGCAGUUCACCAAAACCAGCACUUCUCAUGGCAGGCCCGGUUCGCCUAUCUACAAUGGAGCUCGCUGAGUUCUGCAGUGGAGCAAGUCAUCGGAGGAAGCGUUAUAUCAGUUGCUCUUCUCAUAUUCUUUGUGUCGCCGCUACCCAUACUAUCUCUUUCAGUAGGGCUUCUGAUUGCAUGGCAGUAUGUCCUCGUCACAUAUCAUAGGAACAUACGGCAAGUAUCCUCCGAGGUGGAGCAGCUGUUCUACAAGGCCAAAGUAGCGGUCGAAAGCAGCCGCCGAUAUGCUAGCGAGAUCGCCACCCAGGAACAAUCUAUUCUGAGCCUGGUUGUCGCAAUGUGUACCGAUGCAGGUCCAUAUAGCCUGAUUGCUGGUAGUCGGGCAUCUAAAAUCGCGCCCCUUCUCAAUGGAAAUGUCACCGCUAUAGUCCCAGCUGCGAAGGAAUUAACGGCCCUCUCGUCAGGUUCAUCUACUACCCUUCGCAGUGUCCUUCAGGCAUAUGAGCAAACGAGAUGGCUAGCUGACAAGGCCAACCUUCUUGCUAAACAUGGCGAGAUGGCAGAGGCUCUAUCUGUGAUUCAGUCCAUGUCCACCGAACUGACCAGUGCGCUUGAUGGCGAAGCUCAACUGCUUUCUGCAAAAACCAAAGCCCACGAUAUAAGCACCCAAGUUCACUUGAACGAUAUAGUCUCGUCGCAUAAAAAGGUCAUUGAUCAGCUGCAGGCUGCAGCGGCCAGGCCUUCAAGACCCGAUCCACAGUCUUCGCAGGGUACAUUGCCCAAUACUGUAACGCUCAGAAACCCAAAAGCUAUUGUCGGCAGUCUCUCCGGCGCACCAGAAGACAUCGACGACAAGGCCUUUACAUUGAACCUACCCUUCCCAAUCAGCAUCUACGGCCACUCCAGCUCAGUCCUAUCUCUCAAUGACAACGGGAUGGUCUGUCUCGACCAGGCGCCAUCGUCCAGCAUCGCAGAUGUACGAACCGGCCAACAGCUCCCGUUCCGCGCCGGACUCGCGCCAUACACCUUAUUCCCCCUGUGGAAAGACCUGAAGAUCACCAAGGGAAAGCCACACGGGAUAUACUACGAUGUCGAGAGUACCGCACCGAAUAGGACCCUGUCUAUUGAGUACUAUGUCACGCGGUAUAAAUUGGAAUCGCAGUACUUCCACUUCCUGGUUAUCUUCCACGAGGCGAGGCCGAAUUUCGUUACCUUUCGGUAUCAUGAUGUGAAGGACGAAGGUGCAGAGGGGACUGUUGGUGUUCAGGGUCCAGAGGGUGAGUUCUAUUCUGCUGUCUAUGCGAAUUUAGACAGGAGCUGA